UCGAUCGAUCAGCAGCAGCAUGUCGCACAUCGCGGUGGAGCGCAACCGGCGGCGGCAGAUGAACGACCACCUCAAGGUGCUGCGCUCCCUGACGCCGGCGCUCUACAUCAAGCGCGGCGACCAGGCCUCCAUCAUCGGCGGCGCCAUCGACUUCAUCCGGGAGCUGCAGCAGGUGCUCGAGUCCCUCGAGGCCCGCAAGAGGCGCCGCAGCAGCACCAGCACCAGCGGCGGCGGCUUCAGCCCCAGCCCCACGCCCAGCCCGCGCUCCCACCUCGUCGCCUUCUCCUCCUCCUCCGGCUGCAGCGCCGCCACCACCAGCAGCACCUCGUCCCCGCCGGUACUGCUGCCCGGCAAGGCCCUGCUGCCGGCGGUCAAGGAACUCGCCGCCUGCUGCAACUCCCCCGCGGCCGACGUGGAGGCCAGUAUCUCCGGCGCCAACGUCCUGCUGCGCACGCUCUCCCGCCGCGCGCCCGGACAGGCCGCCGGGAUGGUCGCCCUGCUCGAGGCACUCCACCUCGAGGUGCUCCACCUCAACAUCAGCACCAUGGAAGACACCGUCCUCCACUCCUUCGUCCUCAAGAUCGGGCUCGAGUGCCAGCUCAGCGUCGAGGAUCUUGCCUACGAGGUGCAGCAGACCUUCGUCUGCUUCCGGGAGCAACAGCAGCAGCAGGAUCAGGAGCAGCAGCCGGACCACCAGCUGCCGCAGGAGAAUCUCAUGUACUCAGCCAUGACCAUAUGAUCGAUGAUGAUGAACUGAUCGAUGCAGCCAACCAGCACCUAGCUAGCUGCUCCCUCCGAUCCAUUCCAAAUUACUAGUUAUUUUGAAUUUUCUAGAUUAAUAGACUUUGCUAUAUAUGCACACACACAUAUAUAUAUAUAAAGCUAUAAAUUUAGAAAAGCCAAAAUAACUAAUAAUUUGGGGCGGAGGGAUAUCUGUUAGACUUUGAGCGUCGAUCUCAUUGCUGCUUCCUUGCUCUCUAUAUAGCUGUGGCUUUAGUUUGUCCGCCGGCCGGCACUAUUAUUACAUACAUGUAUGUGCUCUCCACUGCGUGUGAUUUGUAAUCUGUAUGAAAAAAAUAUGUUUACUCGUGAAUGUUAGUGAUGAUAACCUUGUUCUACUGCC